CGAAAAGAGAACGAUUUAUUUAAGGAUGGAAUGGUUCUUAAAUACAUUUUGAAUUUUGGCUACGUUUACUCCCCAACUGCUACGUUUACACCACUUCUGCUACGUGAUUAUAACAAGUUUGAACGGCUACGUUUACACCGCUACAGCUACGUUUGCUUAGCCAUGGAGACGUUCACUCUCCCAUUUCUUAAGCAUUUCCUUGUAAAUGUACAAGUAGCCUUCGUAACAGGUUCAAACGGCUACGUUUACGUACCCACUAUCGCGUUUUACGUGCCUUGA